AAAAUAUAAAAAUAUAAAUUAAAUUUUAUUAUUAAAAUAUUUUUAUAUCCGCAGUGUGCUCGUGUUUCACUCUUGCGGAUAUAUAAAUUCGGACUCCUUGGAGUUCUUCUCCGUCUCACUUCUCUUCCCUGUCCCCUCUCUCUCUCUCUCUCUCUCUCUCUCUCUCUCUUCUCUCUAAACCACUCGAAGCCAGGGUUUCGCCAAAGUGAUCUCGCACCCCCCAGCCAUGGAGGAGGCCCCGAGGAAGACGAAACCGGAGGAGGAAUCCUCUCCUCCAAAGGAUGGAUCGCCUCUCGCACCGGAGCCGAAGAGGCAGCGGAUCUCCGGCGAGGAGGAGGACGGCGGCGGCGCCGGAGGAGGAGGAGGACGGGCGGAGGAGGAGGAGGAUAUGCGAUGGGAAGCUGCGGCUGCUAAUGCGGCUAAGUAUAUCGCAGAAUUUAAAGCAUUUGAGCAAACUAUGAAAACAAACAACGAAAAUCUUGCCCUGCUUGAAGCAAAUUUUCGGCCAGACAAGGAUUACAAAAAGUUCAUCUCUGCACUCAAGAAGUGCAACCAAGAUGUUUUAAAUUGUUUUGGUCAAUUGAUCGAGAAAUCCGAGAUGAUGCUGCAUGUCUUGAUCGAUGGUGGACCAGUUUAUUCCUCAUUACCUGAUGAUGCAGAGUUGAGUAUUGCUAUUCAGUGCAUUGACCAUAUGGAGAGCAAAUCAACUGAUGUGGAUGAUGCCAUUACGAUUGGGUCGACUUCAUUCAUGUUAGAUGCCGAUAAUACUGAUCGAGAUAAUAAUUAUUCUGACGCAGAGAAAGACAAUGAUGUUUCUGACAUGGAUACUAUUUUUGAGCAUGAUUAUGAAUACCAUGAUCAUCAAAGUAGCAGAGUUGAAUCAUUAGAUAAUGAGCCUCAUGUUGGGAUGGAAUUUGAUAGUUUUGAAGAAGCUAGAGACUUUUACAACAUAUAUGCAUUUAAAGCAGGCUUUAGUAUUCGAAAAACUUCCCAUUACAAGGCAAAAAAACAUGAUAAUAUGGUGACUGCACACCAAUACUGUUGUUCAAAACAAGGUCACUCAACGCGACCUUCCCACGAAAAUGAGAAGACUACUGGCUCUGAUGUCCAAGGCACACCACAGAAAGACAAUCCAAAUCGACGUACUGGCUGUAAGGCGCGCAUGAGGGUGAGAAUGGUGGAACCACAGAAGUGGAUCAUAGUAACAUUUGAAAAGGAUCACAAUCAUGAGUUGAUUACUACUCCAACGAAGACUUUCUUUCGAUCACACAAGACCAUCACAACUGAGCAGAAACAAUUGAUUUAUAUGUUAAAUGAGCAAAAUAUCUCCACCUCACAAAUAAUGUCCUUUUUGGCAGCCAAAGAGGGAGGGAGGAACUAUGUUCCUUUCACACACAAAGAUGUAAGCAGCGAGGUGGCAUUGAAAAAUAGGAGUUUCAAUGGAAUUGAUGUGUCGAGUGCUUUAAAUUACUUUCGUGAGAUCCGAUUGAACGAUCCAUCCUUUUUCUAUGCUGUCAACGUUGAUGAGGAACACAUGGCACGAAAUUUAUUUUGGGUUGAUGGGAGGUCACGCAUGGCUUAUCAACAUUUCAGUGAUGUUGUAACAUUUGAUACGACAUACAUGACAAACAAAUACAACAUGCCGUUUGCUCCCUUCAUUGGUGUGAAUCACCACAAGCAAUCCAUAUUUUUUGGUUGCGCCCUUAUUAGAGAUGAGACAGCUAGUACAUUUGUUUGGUUAUUUAGAACUUGGUUGCAAGCGAUGGAGGGACAUCAUCCAAAAGCUAUUAUUACCGAUCAAGACCCAGCUAUGAAGAAAGCAAUCGAGGAGGUCUUUCCAAACACCGUUCAUAGAUGUUGUUUAUGGCACAUCAUGAGGAAAGCGAGAGAGCAUCUAGCUUUACUCUAUAGCACAAAGGAGGGCUUUGAAGAGGAACUAAAGUCAUGUAUAAAUUAUAGUUUGACGAUAAAGGAAUUUGAAACUGAGUGGGUCUCAUUGAUUGAGAGAUAUAACUUGCAUGAUAACAAUCACCUAAGUUUGCUAUGGAGAGGAAGACAUCAAUGGGCUCCAGUGUUUUUUCGAGAUACCUUUUUUGCAGGAAUGUCCAUGUCACAAAGUAGUGAAGGCAUGAAUGCUCUAUCGAAGAUACUAUUGGACUCAUGUACUUCCGUCUAUAAAUUUGUGCAACAAUUUGAAAAACUUGUUGCAAGUCGACAUGAGAAAGAGGAUGAACAGGAUUUUAAGACAGCCAGUGGGGAAGCAUCUUUAUGGUCAUAUGAUCCAAUUGAAAAACAAGCUCGAGAUGUCUACACACAUACUUUAUUUAAAGAAGUCAAGAGGCAGUUGAAGUAUGCUACUGGAUAUCGCCUUGUAGAGUUGCAGAAGAAUGUAUCAUACAAGAUCAGCAACUUCAUGAAUCCUGAUCUCCGAAAGCAAAGCUUAUGCUCAUAUAUAGUUUCAGUAGAUCUAUCAGAGAAGAAAAUCAAUUGCAACUGCAAAAUGUUUGAAUUUGUUGGUAUUCUAUGCUCACAUAUAUUGAAGGUUAUGUCUUAUAUUGGAAUAGAUGCGAUACCGCCACAUUAUAUUUUGAAGAGAUGGACUAAAUAUGCCAAGAAAGUUGCAUUAUCUGGUAGAUUGGAUCUUAUUACGAACAAUGGGCUUGCAACUUCAAACACUCAGCGGUUUGAAUCACUAAAUUUACGAGCACAGAAAGUUAUCAUUGAAGGAUCUAGGAGUGCACAAGCCUAUCAGGUUGCAUGCCAAAAAAUAGACCUACUAGCCAAUGAGCUUGCGGCAAUGAAUCUUACCCCACUGCAUGUAGGGAGGGGAUAGUGAAGGAUCAUGCACCUGGGAGGCUUGUUGUACCACAACCAAGUCAAUUUAAUAUGGAAAUGGAAGGAUUUGGUCCGAAGGACCCUCCACAGUCACAAUGCAAAAGGAGGGAAAGAGACCUUCAAGGAUUAAACCACCUGCUGAAGUUAGAAGUAAAAGCUCUAGAACUUGCAAAAGAUGUCAAAAGAAAGGUCACAAUAUUGGAACUUGCAAAGAGGUAAAUCCUGAAGCUUCAAAGAUGGAUGCUGACGGCAACAAAAGUAAUGAAGAAAGCACGUAGGAUGAUGACCGAAAACAUUAUGGAGAUUCUUUUUUUUAGAUAUCAAUCUCAUUAAUAAUUCAUCUUCAAUGUAUGAAGUGGAUCUAUUUAUAAUUUUGUGACGUUACUACUAUGCAAUCCUUCCUAAACUGUGAAGUGGAUGUCCUCAAAGGGCAAAUAUGUUUUGUUUU